GGACAUCCAGUUCUGAAUUGACUGGAGGGAGCAUGUGGGUCUGCCGCGCGCUGUGCGGGGCUCGAACCCCUGCCCAGCUGCGGCGGACGCUGCUGCCUGCUUGGGACCGCCGCCGGCCUGCUGCCGCCUCCUACUCCGCCUCUGCCGAGCCCUCCCGGGUCCGGGCGGUGGUCUAUGAGCAUCACGGGGACCCGGCCAAGGUCGUCGAACUGAAGAACCUGGAGUUAGCUGCUAUGGGCGGAUCAGAUGUCCAUGUGAAGAUGCUGGCGGCCCCUGUCAAUCCCGCUGACAUAAAUAUGAUCCAAGGAAAUUACGGCAUCCUUCCCAAGCUGCCUGCGGUUGGAGGGAACGAAGGCGUUGGACAGGUGGUAGCUGUGGGCAGCAGUGUGACUGGGGUGAAGCCAGGAGACUGGGUGAUCCCAGCAAAUGCUGGUUUGGGAACCUGGCGGACCGAGGCUGUGUUCAGCAAGGAAGCACUGAUCAGAGUUCCGAAUGACAUUCCUCUUCAGAGUGCUGCCACCCUGGGCGUCAAUCCCUGCACGGCCUACAGGAUGUUGAUGGACUUUGAGCAGCUGCGGCCAGGGGAUUCCGUCAUCCAGAAUGCGUCCAACAGUGGAGUGGGGCAAGCAGUCAUCCAGAUCGCGGCAGCCCUGGGCCUGAGGACCAUCAAUGUGGUCCGAGACAGACCUGACAUCCAGAAGUUGACCGACAGACUGAAGAAAAUCGGGGCUGAGCAUGUUAUCACUGAAGAGGAAUUAAGAAAACAUGAGAUGAAAAACUUCUUUAAGGAUGUGCCCCGGCCGCGGCUUGCUCUCAACUGCGUCGGUGGGAAAAGCUCCACAGAGCUGCUGAGGCAUUUAGCGCCCGGAGGAACCAUGGUGACCUACGGGGGGAUGGCCAAGCAGCCUGUCAUAGCCUCUGUGAGCCUAUUCAUUUUUAAGGAUGUCAAACUGCGGGGCUUUUGGUUGUCCCAGUGGAAGAAGGACCACAGUCCAGAGCAGUUCCAGGGGCUGAUCCUCACGCUGUGCGAUCUCAUCCGCCAAGGCCAGCUCAUGGCCCCCAUCUGCUCUGAGCUCCCGCUGCAGGACUACCAGCGUGCCUUGGAAACCGCGAUGCAGCCCUUCGUAUCUUCCAAGCAGAUUCUCACCAUGGGAUAAGGCCAGAGGAGCCAGAGCCAAGUGGGUGUGAGAUGGAUCAGCAGGACUGGUUUCGGGCCCCUCAGUCAGGGCCCUCAGCCUUCCCCAGGCUGCUCCUCUCCUCACUGUCACUUCCGACCAGAAGAACUGUGAAGCCAGCCAAGGCUUUUCCCAGGGCCAGCCUCAGGGUAUCUAAUAAAGUCUGAACUUCCUAAAAACAAA